UCUGUGGUUCUCGUGACUUUGACAUCUGUACAGGAAACAAGAUGGAGAUUCCUAUCCAGACGCAGGGCUGCUUCUCAAAGGGCCUCCUGUUCUCAGCCUUGAUCCUGGCUCUCUGGCUGCCCCAAGGUUCCCAGGCAGCCCUCCACAUCCAGAAGAUCCCAGAGCAGCCUCAAAAGAACCAGGACCUUCUCCUGUCCCUUCAUGGUGUUCCCAGCACCGUCCAGGACUUCAUCUGGUACCUGGGGGAGAAGACUAAUGGAGGCACAAGACUGUUCUCCUACAUCCCUGGGGAACUGCGGCCCCAGAGGGAUGGCAGCGCCAUGGGACGGCGAGACAUCAUUGGCUUCCCCAAUGGUUCAAUGCUGCUCCGAGGUGCCCAACCUUCAGACAGUGGCACCUACCAAGUGGCCGUCACCAUCAACCCUGCCUGGACAAUGAAGGCCAAGACUGAGGUCCAGGUGGCUGGUAUGCGCGAAUACUCAGUCGGGGCACCUGUGCCUGUCAAUGCUGGGAUCAUGGCUGCUACCAUCACUGGGAGCCUUGCUGUGGGGUCACUGCUUGUAGGUGGCAUUGCCUACCUCCUGGUCACUCGGAGGCGGAAGGGCCGGAGCCCCAGGAUUCCAGCUACAGAGCAGCCAGAACUGAACACUAGUCCUGAAUCUGGGGACAGCAACGUCUAUGAAGUGAUGCCAUCUCCAACCUUCCUGGUGUCCCCCAUCAGUGACACAGAGCCAGGGAACCCAGCCACGAACCGGCCUCCACUACCAUCCCAGCAAGCACAGCCCGAGAACCAGCACUACCAGGACCUACUAAACCCCGACCCGGCCCCGUACUGCCAGCUGGUGCCAACUUCCUGACGAGCUCGGGGCCAGGCCUGCCCAGAAGACAGAACCUCUGCCUUCCCCUGACCCUGACCCUCAGGGCCUCACACCUGCAGAAAAGACCCGUGACGCCCACAGGCCAAAGCCGUGGGAGCUGGCAAGCGCCAUAGACCCAGCAUGGCAGGGGGCAGGUGCCCCACGGCACGGGAGACUGACUCCAACAGCCUUCAGUCUGUGCCUCGUCCACACCUGCCUAAGAAAGCAGGCUCCUGCUCCCGAGGGUCCCCAUCCAUGGGAGAAAGCCUUAGGUCUGACUGCAUCGAAGGCACCCCGCCAUGAAAUCCCAUCGUGGCUCAACCAGUUAUCCGGAAACCCCUUCCUUGGGGAGAAAGCAUUACCAGGAAGACGCCGAAGCAAUGGUUCUCAACUUGUGGGUCGCGAGGGGUCACCAGAGCAAAAGCAGCUGACCUAAGAAGACAGCCCUGGGCAAGAGGACCUCAGAAUCAGCCACCCAUAGGACUGGGACUGCCUAGAACCCACCCGUGAGGGCUGGGGGCGUGGCUUAAUAUAAGAGCCCUUGCCUAAAAUCCACCAGUGAAGGGUGUGGGCCUGGCUCAGCUUGCUAAGUAUGGGAGAGGCCUGGGUUCAAUCCUCUGAACCCCACGUUAAAAAAAAAAAUCAGAAAACAUCAACCACUGGGAAGAGAUGAAAUGGGAGAAAUCUCUAGAUGCUUGGAAGCUCAAGAAACUGCCCUGCCCUUCUUCCCCUACACACACCUACACACCUACACACCUACACACACACACACACACACACACACACACACACACACACACACACACACACGCCCUGACUGUAGAAGCACCCGGCCCUGUGGACUCCGGGACCACAGCUCAGUGACAUCCACUUUAUACUCUUGAUAUCUACGAUUGUAAGCUAAUAAACUCUUGUUGUUUUAAGCCACUGUUUGGUAGCAGUUUCCUCCAGCGAACAGGAAAAGAGGAUGCUGGAGAAUCCCAGGGAGGGGAAGUUA